UACCAUACUAGCAAACGUAGGGCAGCUUUAAAGGCUGAAGUCGCGCCGGCUCGCGCUAAGUUGCACGCGAGACUGUGAUUCUCCAACUAGGAUUUCCACCAUGGAACCAAAGAUAGUGUGCACCAAGCGAAGUCCUAAAGAGACCGCUGGUCCCCUGAACCGAUUCUUCUUCGUAUGGCCGCGAAAGCUGUUCUACAAAGGUAUCCGCGGAGAUCUCAAUUUGGAGGAUCUCUACUCUCCCGUGAAGAACGACAAUUCCGGAAACGUCUGCGACCGAUUGACCCAAUUAUGGGAAAGCGAACUCCGGAAGUCAAAAGAAGAAGAAGAAACGACGGACUACACGGUGGACAUGAAUUUCAAGCGAAAGAAGAAACCGUCGUUGGGCAUAGUGAUUCUGCGGACCUUCAGGAAGGACUUCUUGAUGUCCAUGGUCCUCUCCUCGCUGGUGUACGUGCUCUUGGUUUCCAUUCUACCGAGACUGGUGUCUGGGAUCAUCAAUUAUUUCAACGUGGACCCGAAUACUCAUACUGCGAGCAGAACAGAGGCUCUCUUGUACGCUGCCGGGGCCAUGCUGGCUAUGCUGGCUGAGGUCAUCUUAAUGCAUCACGGUGACCUCUGGCUGAAUCAGUUGGGCAUGAGGAUUCGAGUCGCCUUGUGCUCCCUGAUUUAUAGAAAGAUACUACGUCUUAACUACAGCGCUUUGUCCGAGACGUCUCCUGGACAGAUCAUCAGUCUGCUCGCCAACGACGCUGGUCGUUUCGACUACGUUGUGUUCUACUGCAACUUCCUUUGGAUCGGGCCAGUCCAGAUGGUUCUUUCUUUUAUACUGCUAUGGACAGUAAUUGGACUCCCGACCGUCGCUACUUAUAUAUUACUUUUCAUAAUGAUAGCUCCAAUCUUGAUCGUCAGCAAAAAAUUGAAUGCACUGAGGGAGAUUGUAGCUAGCAUAACAAGCAAGAGGGUGGAGAUAAUACAUGAACUGAUAACCGGGAUACAGGUGAUCAAAAUGUACGCCUGGGAGAAGCCAUUUUCCAAGUUCUUGGACGCCAUCAGAGCCGAGGAGUUGAAGAAAAUCACGAUCUCCGCGUACGUUCGUGCGAUUAACAUGGCUUUCUUGGUGCUACCGAAUCGAAUUCUUGUGUAUAUUAUCAUCCUGGUGUGUGUUCUAUUGGGGACCAAGGUCCAGUCGGAGCAGAUGUACUUGCUGACUAUGCACCUGAACUAUAUACAGCUGACGGUGGCGUACUUCUUUCCACUCUCAUGCUUGAUGUUAGGGGAGAUCAUCGUCACUGUGAACAGAAUAGAGGAGUUUCUAUUGUUGGAGGAACGCACAGACGAGUGGAUCUCAUCGCACGACACGCAAGGUGAUACCGUCAAGGUUAACAAAGAUGAGAAGAAAGCGAAGAGAAUUGAAGACGCCAUCGAAAUUAGAAACAAGCCAGUGAACCAAGUAGAAGGCAACGCGCCGGUUUCCGUGGCACUGAACCACGUGUACGCGAAUUGGCUGCCCGAGAAAUUACCACCGACGCUGUCCGACGUUACAAUGAGAGUCCAAGCAGGAGAAUUACUGGCGCUCGUGGGUUCGGUCGGCUCCGGGAAGUCCUCCAUCCUUUAUUUGCUCCUCAGGGACCUGCCCUUGGGAGCCGGGAGCGUGAAGAUGCUCAGCAAUCCGAUGGAAGACGUCCACGACGAUGCGCACGGUUAUUUCACCGAUAAACGGAACCUGACGAUCUCCUACGCCAGCCAAGACCCGUGGCUGUUCUCGGGGACGGUCAGGGAGAACAUCCUCUUCGGAGUUCCGUACGACAACGCGAGAUACGCGGCUGUCACCAAGGCGUGCGCCUUGAUCAGGGACUUCCAGCAACUGCCUUACGGCGACCUGACUCACGUGGGCGAGAACGGGUCGUCCUUGUCCGGCGGGCAAAAGGCACGCGUGAACCUGGCGAGGGCUGUCUACAAGCAGGCCGACGUUUACUUGCUGGACGAUCCGUUGAGCGCCGUGGACGCGAAGGUGGCCAAACAUCUUUUCAUGAGGUGCAUCCGACAAUAUCUUAGCGGGAAGACGAGGAUCCUGGUCACCCACCAGUUGCAGUUCAUUAAAAAGGUCGACUCCAUCGCAGUGCUGGACCGAGGCCGUGUCAGGAUGUCGGGCUCCUACGAGCAACUGUACAAUAACACCGAGGAAUUCUUAAACGUAAUCAAGGGUAUUAAAAUGUCGGAGGAGGUCGCUAAGCGAAGAGAAACAGGGCUGGGAUCCUUGAGCAUGUCAGAGAGGAGAAUUAGCAAAAGGAGCGUGGGCAAAGCAUCGAUGAGAUCCACCACCAGCAGCGUGUUGUCCUACAAUUACGACACUCAAGAGUACAGUCCAGAAGAAGAGGACGAGAUAGCGGCGACCGAACCGGUCUCCGGCAGUAUGUACGUGGAAUACUUCAAGUACGGCGGAUCGUAUUUUAUCCUAGCUUUAUUGCUGCUUGUCUUCGUUCUAUCGCAAGCGGCCGUCAGCGGUUGCGACUAUUGGAUCUCUUACUGGAUGAACGUGGAGACCAUAAGAAUAAUUGUGGCGAACGGUUCCGCGACGGACACCAGCCGGUACGAGAAGAUGACGAACGACACUUUCUUGUCCAGCAUAUUCACACUGGACAGGUACGGGCUCGUCACGCAAUUCGACGCCCUGCACGUUUACACCUUCUGCGUGGUUGUCUCCAUAGUGUUCAUAGUGGUACGAAACUUCUUCUUGAUGAGCGUGUGCGUGAACGCCAGCAAGAACAUCUACAACAUAAUGUUUUGGAACAUGUUACGCACGACGAUGUCGUUCUUCCAUCGAAAUUCAGCUGGAAGAAUCCUGAACAGAUUCUCCAAGGACGUGAGCACCAUGGACGAGCUUCUACCAGCGGUGCUACUAGAGGCUCUCCAAGUGUUUUUCGUAGCCUUCGGCAUCGUCGUCAUGAUAGUGAUCAGCUGUUACUGGAUGGUCGUCCCUUUAGUCGUUUUCAGUGUUUACAUCUGGCUCGUGAGAAAGGGCUGCAAGAGGAUCGUGCAGAGGCUGAAAUAUUUAGAGAGUGUUACGAAGAGUCCUGUGUUCGCUCACAUAAAUGCCACGCUGCACGGCCUGUCGACGAUCAGGGCCACUGGGCCAGAGGUCACGAAGCUGCUGCAGACUCAAUUCGACCAGCUGCAAGACGUCCACACGAGCGCGUGGUGCGCGAUGCUCAUGACGCCGCAAGCGUUCGGCGUGUACCUGGACGUAGUCGCAGCGUUGUUCGUUGGAUGCCUCGGUUUCAUUUUCAUUUCUUUAGACAGAAGUGCCUUUCUGGGGGGCGACGUCGGCCUAGCACUGUCGCAGGCGCUUGGUGCCCUGGGCAUGUUGCCCCAUGGUUUGACAAGAAGCAUAGAGACGUCAGCGUACAUGGCAUCGGUGAAUAGGUUAUUACAGUAUACCAAACUUCCCGAGGAAGGAGAAUGGGAGAGUAAGAAUCCUCCGCCCGCAGAAUGGCCGCAGCACGGCCAUCUGAGCUUGAAGAACGUCAGCCUGAGAUACGAGAAAGACGAGCCACCGGUUCUCCAGGAUCUGAACGUGACGAUAGAGGCCGGAUGGAAGGUCGGCGUGGUAGGCAGAACCGGUGCCGGGAAAUCUUCCUUGAUCUCGGCCCUGUUCCGUCUGUUCCCCGACGGGAUACAAGGAGAAAUAAAAAUCGACGGGUCGGACGUGAGCCAGCUGGGUCUGCACGAGUUCCGCUCGAAGAUAUCCAUCAUCCCCCAGCAGCCGUUCCUCUUCUCCGACACCGUGCGCAACAAUCUGGACCCCUUCAACGUCUACGACGACGCGCAGCUGUGGGACAGCCUCCGCCAGGUGGAGCUGACCGACCUCGUCCUGGACCAGAAAGUGCACCGGGGCGGGAGCAACUUGAGCAUCGGCCAGAGGCAACUGAUAUGCCUGGCGAGGGCCAUCUUGAAGAACAACCGCAUCCUCGUCUUGGACGAGGCCACGGCCAACAUCGACAAUCGGACCGACUCGCUGAUCCAGGAGACGAUACGCACCAGGUUCGUCGACUGCACGGUCAUCACCGUCGCCCACCGCCUGAACACCAUCAUCGACUGCGACAGGAUCAUCGUGAUGGACGCCGGUCGCAUCGCGGAAUUCGGCUGCCCCCAUGAGCUCCUGCGCGACAAGCCCAACGGGAUCUUCUCGCAGAUGGUGGAGAACACGGGGGUGACGAUGGCGCAGACGCUCCACGAACAGGCGGAGAAGGCUUGCCUGGACAGGAAGAACCAGAGUCCGGAUCGAACCAGGAAGAUCUCCACCGACACGGAUUCAACUGAUGUCAUCGCUGAGACCAUACUGUGAUGGGAUCUUGGACUGAAAUAAUAUAGACAAUGAAUGAAUGAAUAAGUGACUGAGAAAAUGUAUUUAAGCUUCGGCCUUACUUGAGUGGGACAGAACGUGAAUUAUUUUCGUAACACGUGCAGUACUGUUUCAAUGAAAGCCACGCAUACAGAACGCUCAUAUCAAUGAUCCAAGAAUGCUGUAAACUAAUUUAUCAUUCGACAUGCAUGUAACAUGAUUUUUUUUAGUUUCGUAUCCUCGUUAUCCUCGUGUUCGCUGUGUAUUGUUUAUCGUGACGAAUAAAUUUUAAUAGGAAA